AAACAUCGAUGAAUCGAUAUUUCCAUCGAUGUUUCUCCAGAUCUAUUUGAAAACAUUGAUGCAUCGUGUGCAUUUUUAAUUCGAUGCUAAAUUAAGUUAUUUUCUGGGUUAUUACUAUUGGGUUCCAUGAUGAUGAUUCCUGCAAUAGUUCCUCUCCGCCAUUUUCUUUGUACGCAAAACGGAUGGCGGUAUCUUAAACUAAUUCAUAGAGAAGGAAUUAGAAAGAGUCAUGUAGUUUCAUACCGAGUUGUUCCAGCCAAACAGUCGAAAAUUACUACAGUGGGUGCCGAAGUUGUGGGAGCAGCAAUGUGGUGGUGGAUAUUGUGGCAUUUGUGGCAUGAGCAUGAACAUAUCACGGUGACGAUAUACUCCAACGUGGCCGAACAUUUGAUGAGUUUAUGGUGAAGAUAAUGUAAAUAACGCUAGCGCUCGCAGUGAUCUUAAAAUAUAUAACUCUUCCAAGCGAGAGAGUAUUUUGAUGUAGUCACAUUAUUUUUAUAAAUAGAACAC